AUGCUUGAGGUGCAAGUUGCUCAAAUAGCAGAAGGUAUGAAGAGGCAAGAGGGUUUUCUUCCAAGUAAGACUGAGUUAAAUCCAAGAGUUUGCAAAGUUAUCACAACUCAGAACAAGGACGUGGUCUCACCAGCCCCUAGAGAUCAUUCAACCCUCAAAAACCCAUUGGAAUGGCCUGAAGAUGAUGAGCCAAUCUACAAGGGACCUCAUCAAAGAAAGCUGCAUAAGAUGGAAGAUCCAGGGCAAUUUGUUUUCCCAUGCACAAUCAAUGGUAUUGAUUUUAUUGACUCUUUGUGUGAUACAAGAUCUACAGUGAAUCUCAUGUCUAAAAUCAUAGCAAAGAAGCUUGGGAUUGUAGAGAUGGAGCCUCCUGGAAAGAUGCUCAAGUUUGCAGAUACUUCUAGCACAACUCCAUAUGGCUUUGUGCGUGAUCUAGUGAUGGAAGUAGGGGGAUGUCUAGUCCCCACCGACUUCCACAUCAUAGAGAUGCAAGAGGAAGCUUCUAUGCCGCUGGUCCUUGGGACUCCUUUCCUUCAAAAUGUGGGAGCAAUGUUUUAUUUUCGCAAGGGACAAGUCUCUUUCCCCGAAAUCAAAAAGAAGGUUUUCUAUCUUGCAGUUCCUACUGAACCCUCAUGUUGUACAACCAUCUACAGUGAGGAGAGGGCAAGUUUAGACCCUGGAGAUGAAAUUAAAAGGUCACAAGAAGUUCCUCAAGAAGCUCUCUACAUUAGAUCUUAUGACAUUUUCAAGUCAGCCUCAAGUACAGCCAACCUACCACCGGAGGAAGCCACUCUCACGACCAAGAAAGGAGCCUUUCUUCCUAAAGAUCCCAAGAAGAGUAAGAACUAUCCCAAGGAGAGGAAGAAACCAUCAGAGCUGAAACAUAAAGAUGUCUUCAAGGAUAUCAACUCGGUUUUGCUUCCCACCUUUGAUGAAUAUGGAGCUAAAGAGGAGCUUGAUGGUGUGUCUAAGUCCUUUUCCCAGAUAAGAAUCCUCAUCCCUAAGGAUCCGGAGCUUAAAGAUGACCAUGCCACAAAGGAGAAACUCGGGAGGACCUUAAAACUUUUCCGGAAGGCGUUAGUCUUCAAGAAUGAUAUGGGAGACGAUCUUGGAGUGCCCAAAACACCACGUGAGCCCCCUGAACCAGAAAUUUGA